AUGGCACGGUUAAAUCGUGGAGUGGUGGCAAACUCUCGCUGCUUUUAUGGAUCGUGGGGUAAUGAACCCUCUAGCCAAAAACAUACUAGUCUACAUUAUAGACCAUAUCAAUCGAGUCCCCACCGAUAUAAUCCGGAGUAUGAAAAGCAGAAGUACGAUUAUCUAAUGAGACAGCAGUUGGUUAAAAAUACCAUACAAAAUAAUCCCAACUUCAUAACUCCAGGAGGUCAACUGUUCCAGAACAAUAAUGGACUACCGUUCAAGACCAUCUUGAUGCUAAUAGUGACCUCCAGCUCUUUGACUAUGGCAGGAUACUUGCUCUGGCAAAUUGACCAAUUAAAGGAUCAAGUCGAAUCGGGCAAUGAAGGUGACAUUACCACAAAGUCAAUCUUCUUGCCAAUAUGGUUGAAUUGUAAUUGGAUAUAUGUAUCAAGGUAUAGGUAUCCUGACCAUAUCUAUUAUUUUGAUCCCGAGUACUUUGAAUAUCUCCAAACCGAAAUGAACCAGUUGAACUCGGAACCUGGAAAAAUCUCAGAUAAAGAUAAUUACCUAAAGCUCUUGAUAACUGACAAUAUUCAAUAUAAGGUGCUUGAAACCGCGUCCAUCCAAUCAUCAAUAAGAGAGAUCUUUGGCUUGCCCAUCAAUAUAAAUCAAAGCUCCAAUUUUGAUAUUUGGGUAGAACCUAAGCAUCCAACCAUUUCUGGAAUAAGAUUCGAUAUUGAAUUGGAUAAGUCGGAAGGGAAAACUAAUUACGUCAUCAGCCCCCAUUGGAGUAUCAAACUGAUCAAUUUCACGACGAUCAUUAGUGACUUAUUAGUGGCGGCCGGUUUGAAAUUAGACCGUCUAAAUACAUCAGAGGCACAAGCCAAAACCCACGAAAGAGGAAGUGGAAGAGUACACGAAGUUCCGUUAAACGAUUCAAAGAAGCUAAGGAAACAUAAGCAUCCCACCAUGCAUAAUCUAGAUAAAGACUAUAAUGUCAUUUACACUGGUAAUUAUGUCAUCACAGAUAAUAACAACUUGAAAAAAGGUAUAAUUGAAUAUAAAGGUAUCAUUGACUUUGAUCAUCUCACCAUAAAUAGGGGGGUCAAGAUAAUUGAAUUGAACCUAUGUAUGAAGGAAUCCGAUGGUAAGAGUCAAACAACUUAUAAACUUAUAUAA